AUGUACAUACAUCAAAAAUGCUUCGUCAGACUCGUCUUCUUCAAACUUGCAUUCGUCUUUCUCAAAAACUCCAUAUCACGGAAGCUGCUUCGUCCCGCCUCGCCCAAGGAGGGAUUUGAGAACGAGAAAGUGCCGUUUAGAUGCAGUUUAGUUGCAUUUGUGACAAACCCAGCAACAGUGUGUACGGAACCCGGUGAAUAUCUUCGCGUGUCCGUUGGUGGCGGCGGCUGCUCCGGUUACUCCUACGAAUUCGAGCUGACUACCGAACCCAUCGAUCCAGAAAACGACCUUGUAUUCACAAAGGACGAGCAGAAAGUAGUGACUGAUGUGGACUCGAUAGAAUUCAUGGAUGGUGCGACGAUCGACUACAAAAUGGAGCUUAUCAAAAAAGCGUUUGUUGUUGCGGAUAAUCCCCUGGCCGAUCAAAACUGUUCUUGCGGAUCGUCGUUUUCAAUUGACCUAAUGAGGCUAUCAUUAUUGUUAACGCUGCAAAUCGCGGUCGCACACACUGAGUAUAUUGACUCUCAAAUUCAAGGCCACUUUUCUCAAUCUAGCCACACAAAUAAUUGGGCGGUACUUGUCUGCGCGUCAAGGUACUGGUUCAACUACCGCCACAUCGCAAACACGCUGGCAGUUUACCGAUCCGUGAAGCAGCUCGGAAUACCUGAUUCGCAGAUCAUGCUCUUCCUCGCUGACGAUAUGGCGUGCAAUGGUCGCAACGCUGAAAUUGGUGCAGUCUACAAUCACAAGAACAAACUCAUUGAUCUCUACGGAAAAGAUGUCGAAGUGGACUUUAGAGGAGAAGAGGUCACUGUGGAAAAUCUAGUGCGACUCCUCACUGGAAGACAAGACGAAGAUACUCCCCGAAGUAGACGACUGAGCACAAACUCCAAAUCGAACGUCUUGUUCUAUUUAACCGGCCAUGGUGGGGAGAACUUUCUCAAGUUUCAAGACGACGAAGAAAUAUCUGCAAAGGAGCUGUCUGAUGCAUUCGAGCAAAUGAAGCAGAAAGAACGUUUCAAUGAGCUUCUUUUCAUUAUCGAUACCUGCCAAGGAGAGUCGAUGAUUCGUUCUACAUACACAGAAGGAUUCGUUGGUUUCGCGUCUUCGAAAGUUGGUGAAGAUUCUCUAUCGCACCAUGUGGAUCACGACCUUGGCGUCUAUAUGGUCGACCGGUUCACUUACCAUCUUCUAGAGUUCCUCGAAAAGAUCGAGCCAGACUCAGAAGAGCUCCUAAGCACAAUGAAACGAGUCUGCCCUCCAAGCUUGUGUAUUUCAACCCCGGUAAACAAGUUCGACUUGCUCAAGCCCAACAGGCAGAAGACAGCUAAAGUCGUCGACUUCUUUGGCUCCGAGCGCGCUGCAAUUUUCACCGAACUUCGGGAAGAAAAUACAACAGCUCGAUUCGCAGAAACGAAGACACAAGAGAUGAUUAAAAUUCGUGAUAAAAAAGUAGUUCCCCUCGCCGAUGCACUGAAAGAAAUUAAAUCUACUGCCAAAAAUAUGGAAAACGUUCAUUUCUACGAAGAAAAGCGAUACUUCGUCGUUUUACUGACCUUCGUAUACCGCCUUGACCAAGCGGUAUUGGUCACUCUGACUCCGCGGGCGCGGAUGGCCCACGUGUCUAGUAGACAUACAUUCCGCGCUCGUAAUCUCGAUCCCGGUCGCCCACUAGAAGUCUAUGGCAGAGAUGAGCUGCACCAAAAGACAGAUUUCGUUCAGGGCGACCGUGCCAUGCCGACUAUGGCAUCAGGCAUGGAAGCUGAGGAAGAGACGGAGCAUCACUUGCAACGCGCCAUUGCAACGGAAACGUUGUCCGGUGGCAAAAAGUUUAUACCUACUCCCGAGCCAACGAAAGUAGAGUAUUACAGGGAUAUUUACUCAGAUGUUCGAUUCAUGACGAGAAAAUGGAAGCAAGGCUACGUCAUACAAGAAAUGAGAAUAUUUGAAGAAAAUCCGCCGCUGUACAGUUUAGACGAAGAAGAUGAGGCCUUCUGUAAAUCUCUCGAAAACCCAAAGCUUGAACCCAAGGAGCUCGAAAACAUGAUUGAUCAGCUGGAAGAAUGCGAGCAGCAUCAAGGGCCACUGCCUCCAUUUUGUAAAGAGUGGAGUUGGGGCAGAGGGAUUAUUGGCGAGUAUUCUGACCAUGCUGAAGCAGUUCAUCAAUUCUGGGUCAAGAAACGCAGCAGAUCCGACGGCCCUCUACAAUUACGUCUUAUGAGAGAAAAGCCUGUGAUGGAACCUGAUUCAAACGAGUCCUACUUGUGCUUCAGGAAGAGGCUCGACAGAAUACAAACGCGUAGGAACAAACAACGAGACCAAAUUUCAUACACUCGAAUGGUGAAGCUACGCCGGGACCUAAUGACUUUGCUGAACAUGUGUGCUCUGAUGAAAGACCGAGAACGCAAAAAAGCGGAACUGGUUGACAAGGAGUGCGCAAUUCUAAAUAAGCGGAUUGCUUCUUGUGAUUGGAACAAUGAAACCAUUAACGAGUACAUAAGAUCACAGGAGCCGGAAAUUGUUCCCGAGAAAGUCAACGGAUUCCAGUCGAGUAGCAAAAACAACUCCGAAGCGUACUCAACUCACGAUUCCUCGCCGGGCAUUGCACACACAAGCGCAAAAUCUGAACUGCCUAGCAAGGGUGCCAGGGAAAAGUAUACCGAAAAAUACAAGCCCAAAAAGAAGAAACCUGGUGGAGAAUCGUCCAAAUUCUCCGAAGUGCGUCACCCCGCCUUUAACUCCAAAUUCGAUUUCAAACACGAAAAUGCUAAGCCUGGCGCCUUCUAUUUGGAGGAAAGGGAUAGUAAGAGCUUGGAAAGCAAAGACGGCGAACCCCAUGAAGGCUAUCGACUCUUAUCAACACACCACCGGACGUUAGGUUUCUGCCGCCGGCGACUCGGUCGUGGCGGUCGCAUUCUGACGGAUCGUGCCUUUCAUCCUAAUCACGAGACGGUAACUCAAAUGAGUUUGCCUUCUCCAGACGAAUCUCUCUCUUCUAUUCCUCUCGAAGUUGCGGCCACUCCGGAAGGCACAACGAUGAGAGCGAUCCUUGAUGACAUCAAGAAACAGCGAGUUCGUCACUUUUCUCCCGGUGAACCUCGAAAACGUAAGCGAAUGAAUCCGACCAAGAAAAGAUAG